AUGCGUACAACGCGUAGGAACACCGUAUUGCCGGGAGGUGAACUGAGGACUCACGUCAGCAUGGCAGUGCGCCACGCAUUUUCUGCUGUGCUCUUGAUGACAUGCAUUGCAUGUUAUUACAACAGCCUUCAAUGUGGUCUUGUCUUUGAUGACCUAAGUGCCAUCCGGGACAACAGAGAUUUGAGACCUCAUGUACCGCUCAAGAACAUCUUCUUUAAUGAUUUCUGGGGAACACCUAUCCAUAAAGAGCAGAGUCAUAAGUCUUAUAGACCUCUGUGUGUGCUAACUUUUCGUUGGAAUUAUGCACUCCAUCAACUGGAACCAAUGGGAUACCAUUUAGUUAACAUGCUUCUGCAUAGUGUUGUUUGUCUCAUGUAUUACAGAAUGUGUUCUUUGUUUCUACCGGAAAUAUCAAGUUUUGUUGCUGCAAUGCUCUUUGCCGUCCACCCUAUUCAUACAGAAGCAGUGACGGGAGUAGUGGGAAGAGCAGAGACUUUGUCUUCAGUAUUUUUUUUGGCUGCCUUCAUAUUCUACACAAAAUCUACCAAGAGAAAACGUGUGACAGGGUGGCAGCCUUUGGUUUUAUCAAUGUUGUCAGUUGCCACAGCAAUGUUGUGUAAAGAGCAGGGCAUUACUGUCACAGGCAUAUGUGCUAUUUAUGAGUUAAUUGUGGCUCAAAAGUUACGCAUCCUUGACUUGUUGUCUUUGGCAAGAACAGCAUUGAGUGGAAAAGGAUCUCUUAAUGUUUCAUGGCAGUCAGAGGCAACGAAACGAUUAAGUGUACUAGCAGCAACAACUGUGUGUCUUCUGGCUGUACGCUUGCAAAUAAUGGGAUCCAGACUUCCUGUUUUUACAAGAUUUGAUAAUCCAGCAUCUGUAGCUCCAACACCAGUGCGACAGUUGUCGUAUCAUUACCUGAUCAGUGUCAACAUGUGGCUUCUACUGUUUCCUUGUGAUCUUUGCUGUGAUUGGACCAUGGGCACUGUACCAUUGAUUGAAUCAUUCCUUGACCCACGGAAUAUUGCUACAGUUUUAUCAUAUGUUGCCUUACUUCUUUUGGCAUAUGCAGCUAUUAUUGUUGAGAGCAGACAUCAAUCUGUUGUCAUCAUUAUGAGUCUUGCAUUUUUGGUGCUCCCAUUUCUACCAGCAUCAAACAUGUUCUUUCCUGUAGGAUUUGUUGUAGCUGAACGAAUUCUGUACAUUCCCUCAAUGGGACUAUGCAUGUUAGUUGGGUAUGGAUGGGGGCUGUUUGCUCAGAAACAUGGUAGAAAAUUGGCAUGGUUUCUUCUGGGUGUACUGCUUCUUGUACAUGGUUGUAAAACAUACCAUCGGAACAUGGACUGGGAAAAUGAAUAUACAAUUUUUAUGGCUGGUCUACGAGUUAACCCAAGGAAUGCAAAACUUUUCAAUAAUGUAGGACAUGCACUCGAGAAACAAGAAAGGUUUGAAGAGGCUCUGCAGUAUUUUCAAAAAGCAGUUUCAGUUCAAGAAGAUGAUAUAGGUGCUCACAUAAAUGUUGGACGAACAUUUAAUCAUUUGAAAAUGUUUAAAGAAGCUGAAGAUGCUUAUUUACAAGCAAAGUCCCUUCUACCCAAAGCAAAGCCUGGAGAAUCCUAUCAAGCUCGAAUUGCUCCAAAUCAUUUAAAUGUAUUUCUGAACUUAGCAAAUUUAAUUGCUCGAAAUGAAACAAGGCUCGAAGAAGCAGAUCUCUUAUACCGACAAGCAAUUAGCAUGCGUGCAGAUUACACUCAGGCCUAUAUAAACCGAGGAGAUAUUUUAUUGAAAUUGAAUCGUACAAAAGAGGCUCAAGAAGACAAUACCAAUGAGAGAGUUUACUUCAACCUGGGCAUGCUUGCAAUGGAUGAUCGGGAUGUGGCAGGUGCUGAGCACUGGUUCCGCCAAGCAGUGCAGCUUAAGGAUGAUUUUCGUAGUGCUCUCUUCAAUCUAGCCUUGCUGCUUGCGGAUGAUCAUCGGCCAUUAGAAGCAGCACCCUUUUUGAAUCAGUUGGUCAAAUUCCAUCCAGAUCAUAUAAAAGGACUUAUCCUCCUUGGAGAUAUUUACAUUAACAAUAUCAAGGAUCUGGAUGCAGCAGAAAAUUGUUACAAACGUAUCCUUCAACUUGAUCCUGAGAAUGUUCAGGGUCUUCACAACUUAUGUGUGGUGUACGUAGAGAGAGGCAAUCUGCGCCGUGCAGAAGCUUGCUUAGUGCGAGCACAUCGUCUAGCUCCUCAUGAAGACUACGUGCUUCGACAUCUAAAUAUUGUCAGGUCGAGAAUUCAAAAGUUACAAAUUCCACAAGAUAGUGAAGGAGAAGAAUUUGAGGACUUUGAACAGUAUGAAGGAAACUCUAAUGAAAAAUCAGUGAAUGACAUUGUAGAUAAAGUUUAUGAAGAGGACAAUGAAGAGGUUGACCAGAAGGAAUCUGAUACAAGUCCUCAACAUCAUAAAAAUAAACUGCCACCAAAAGGGCAGAGUGGUGCUAGCACUGCAGGCAAUUCCCAGCUACCUGAGAACACAAAACAUGUGAAAAAUAGGGUAGAUAGUAGCACAGGUACCAGUGGGCACACUGUUCCACAAAGAACUCACACAGUUGAGAAGAAAGUGGUCAAUGAACAAGUCAGCCGCAAAACAAGUUCGCAGCUUCCAGGAAGAGGUAGCAGCCAAGCCCAAGUUCCACAGUUCAAUGACAGGAAGUACAUGAGUCAGGCAGAUCAACGGAGAAAUUCUGGUCCGUCAUAUACGGAAUUUCAGGAGCAGCAGCCAAAUAGCAAAACCUUAACAAGUCAUCAUUCUGCUCUGAAACAGCAUUCUUCAUCUUAGCACCCAUGAAUAUUUCUUGAAUGUAAGCCUGUUUAGUUUAUUUUUACUGUAGAAACGUUGGGCAGUAUUGCAUUCAAUGUGGGAAGUUUCUUCUCCAGACAUUUCUUCUUGGACUGUGUACGGAAUGGUAUCAGUAGAUAGCUGAGGUGCCUGUUCUGCAAGACUGUACUUGUAGAAUUGUUAAUUGUUGAAAAGGCUUUUGAGACAAGGGAAAAGCAAUUGCAGUUGAGAACAUUUCCAGGUGCAAAUUGUAAUGUGCAGUAGCGAGAAGUACUGAAUAAUUUGACAAUAGAUUUUGAAUAUAAUUAAAUGAGCCUAAAUAUGUCUUCAUCACUUUGUCUUCCAAAAACAGAAAACCAGGUAGUUUAAUUCUAACCUCAUUAUUAUCAACAUAUGCAUUGAAAGGUUUUACUUUUUUUAUGUUCAUUAUACUAAACAAUUUGGAGUAUAUUCUGUGAAUUGGACAUUUGGUUUUGCAUCAGUUUACAUUAAGCUAAAUGAGGAGUAUUCAUUUUAAAGUACUUUUUUGAGAUUCCACUGUUCUCUAUUCAGGAUAGUAGUUAAAUUUGUGUCAAAAGUACUAUGACUGUGUUUUAAUUAUUUCAAGAUCAAGAAACUAAUAUAAUCUAUUAGAAAAGAGAUAUAAAUAUUCUAAUUCUUAAUAUUUAAAAUUCUUUAUGGUAAUUACUGUAUAUUGGUGGCAGUAAUUAUUUUCAAGCCUGAAGACAUUGUGGAAACAAUCUAAGGUGAGUGAAACCCAAAACUUUACUAGUACACAUUGUGAUUCAAGAUGAACAGUGAUUGAUCUCCAAGAAAUGUAAAUAUCAAAGUACUUGUCUCUGUUCUCUGCAUUGUGCUUCCCCAUGUCUGUUUUCUCUUCAGUGCAAGUAAAGCUUGCAGUGCAGAUACCUAAGUUAUAUUUUCCAUUCCCUCCAGAUGACUCUGACUGCAGGUGUUUUACUUUGAAAUUUGAUUUCUACAUAACAUGUGAUCUAUUACUAGUGAACGACUUCGAUCUUGCCAGACAAUGCAAUGUCCAAGGAAGAUAUGAAAUGUGACUGCUGGGAUGUUUUAAUAACACAAUGAUAUUGAAUGUUUGAGUGAAUGAUAAAAGUUUGCUGCAAGACUUUUGUUGCAUUAAAUCAGCAUAUAUUUUGUGUAAGUUGAUUUUAUGCCACAAAACAAUUUAUGUAUUGUAUUUGUACCUAAGCAGAGAAAAAUACUAUUAGAAAUCAUUAAGUAUUUGGAAUUGAUUAUGAACUUGAUAUUCAUAAUUUAUCUGUUAACACAUUUAUUAUUUAAGAUGUAAUAUUCUGUGAUACAAAGCAUUUGUGUAGUAGAUUCUAAUGUAUUGCAGCUUUUAAUGAUCAGUAUAUUCUAAGAGCUUCUUUAUUUUAAUGUUGAAAAUAUAUUGAAAUUUUAUUAAGGUCUUUUAUGUUCCUAGCAUUAGUGAGAUACUUUCAUUUAUAAACAUGUAAGACUUCUUUAGAAAUGUGAGACUAUAUAGCCCUGCAUUUCUAAAAAUACAUAAUUUUCCAAGUUCUAUGAAUGUUUCUGUCCAUGUAAUUGGUGGCGAUGGUAAAGCAAGGUUUAUUGUCUGGAAAAAGACUUUCAGCAGCUUUUUUCUGUAUUUCUUUUAAGUAUUUUAUAGAUUUGUAAAUUCACUUUUUACUGGAAAGUGGUCUGUGCUGAAGAAGAAUGAUAAAUAAUGCUUCCUACUUUUGUAGCCACUGCUCUGUAAUUUCCUUCACAAUACAGAAUGUCUAGUAACUAGCAUUUCUGUGUUUAUUAGAAUGAAGAGCAUUUUCAUAGGUUACAUGUUGACAAUCUUCCUGAAAGCAGGUGCAUAUAUAAGUAUAUCUUUUCUGUACCUUGAAAAAUUAAUUCAAUUAUCUAUUGAAAAAGAUAUUGGAAGAAAGUAGAGGCCUAUUCUUUUGAACGUUUCAAUUAAUGUAAUCAUUAUUUUUGUUUUGAAUGUAAUUAGUGCUUAUCUUGAAGCACAGACUAUCAGAUGAGCAAAAACUAUUUAUUUUCAACUCAGCAUUUUUAAGUGUAUGAAUGCUGCAAAGUUGAUUACUUACGUAAAUAACAUAAGUAAAUUUAUUUAAAAACCAAUUAGAAAUCAUGUAAUUUAUUAUUUUAUUAGUAAUUACAGCACAAAUAAUGCCAUUGGAAUUAAUAUUGUUUUAAGUUUCUUUCCUGUCCAUUUCACAUUCUUGUAGAAGGUUUUAAAUGACUCUGUUACAUAGACUAAAAGAUUUCUACAUUAUAUACUAUUACCUGAUGGAAAACACACAUAAAUAUCAAUAAUUAUCAUAAUAAUAUUGGUCUAUGAAAUAAUAUCAACAAUUAUUAAAAUAUCUGAAUUGUAAAAUUUGAUUUUCUUUUCUGGCUGAAAACCCCAGUUUAAAAUUGUUGAACACAUUUACACUCAGAGAAAUUUUUAAAAGCAUACUUCCUUUCAUACUUGUAAACCUUUUUUAACCUUCAAAAAUAGACAUUGUUUAGACUUACUCAGAAUUUCUUGUGCAUGAAAAAUUUGAUAGAUAUAAAACUGACUUUUAAAAAUGAUGUAAAGUGAUAGGUUUGGCCUGGGUGACUAAAAAUAUCUUUCUAUGAAGGAGACUUCACCUUAAUUUUUUUUUCUUGCUUAUUUUUCUGAAGAUGUACAAGAAACAAAUUAUCCUAAAUAGGAUGCAUUAUUACAAUCAGAGGCACCUGUUUUCAAAGGCUGCAACAUCAUAACUUACGUGGAAAUAAGCUGACUUUUUAUGGAGUGUUUUGUAUUGCAAUUCCAGAAUAGAGCACACUUAUGAUUUUUAUUAUAUUUCUAUAUAUACAUAUAUAAAUGUGUACAUUGGUGCCUUGUACAAAUGAUGUUAAAAACAAUUUCUAAGGCGAAGAUGAGUUUUUGUAAGAUGUAAUAAUGAAUAUUUUUAUAUGUUCAUCGAAGAGUUAAUGAAACCAUGUUCUGGAAACUAUGAAGAAAAAAUAUAUGUUAAGAAUAAUGUAAGUAAAAGCAGGUAUUUAAAUGGUAUAUAAAGAGAAUGUUGAAAACUAGAGAGAACAUAAAGAUUAGUUUAGUAUACAUUAUGUGAUAAAUGUGUUUUAUAUCGUAAUGUAUGUAAUGUGUUGUGAGAUCAUUGUAGUGGUAUUGUAGUGGCACUUGGAGAUAGAAUUUGGCAUUAUGUCUCGAAAUUGGAAAUAUAAUUUCUUUCAAUUUUAUAUGGAAGGAGGGAUGUUUCCAUAAAUGACAAGAAUACCACCCUUCUUCCUUUUGGGAGUAUUAAAGUGUGCAAUUUGUUAUUAUAAGAACGAUAAUAUUAUCUCAUGAUCAUAUGACCUCCAAAAAUUGAAAAUAG